CUUGCUUUUCAUAGAGGAAAUGAACUUGCAGCCAGCAGCAGCAACAGAGGAUGUCAAUGUAGUUGAGGAAAUUCUUCAAUAAGGUACAGAAGGGCGCCUGCAACUUCCGUUUUGUCCCCGCGUCUGCUGGAGUCGGUGGGAAAUGGAAACCGCCGUGUUUGGUGUGUUUGUGUGGAUGGUGAUGAUCAGCCUCUGCAGAGGUGAAUACAAACCCACCUGGGAGUCCUUAGACUCCAGACCACUACCGGAGUGGUAUGACCAGGCCAAGUUUGGCAUCUUCAUACACUGGGGGGUGUUCUCCGUGCCGAGCUUUGGCAGCGAGUGGUUUUGGUGGUACUGGAAGAAGCAGAAACUAAAGCCCUACGUUGACUUCAUGCAGACAAACUACCCUCCAGACUUCAAGUAUCAAGACUUUGCACCUCAAUUCACCGCCGAGUUCUUCGAUGCAAAGGAAUGGACUGAUAUAUUUGCUGCAUCAGGAGCAAAGUAUGUUGUCUUGACUACGAAGCACCAUGAAGGUUUCACACUAUGGGGCUCCAAACACUCUUGGAACUGGAACGCAGUGGAUGUCGGACCUAAGAGGGACCUGGUAGCAGAGGUUGCGAGUUCCCUCCGCGCUCACAGUGACUUGCGCCUGGGGCUGUACCACUCUCUCUUCGAGUGGUUUAACCCCCUCUUCGAAGAGGACGCUGCCAAUGUCUUCACAACCAACUACUUUCCCACCACAAAAACUCUGCCAGAACUCUAUGAGAUUGUGACCCAGUUUAAGCCAGAUGUGCUGUGGUCCGAUGGCGAUGGAGACGCCCCCGAUAGCUACUGGAACAGCACCGGCUUCUUAGCCUGGCUAUAUAAUGACAGCCCAGUGCGAGAGACCGUGGUGACAAACGAUCGAUGGGGAAACGGCUCUAUCUGCAGGCACGGAGGAUAUUACACCUGUGCUGACCGCUACCAGCCCGGACAUCUGCUGAACCACAAAUGGGAGAACUGCAUGACCAUCGACAGCAGGUCCUGGGGCUACAGACGCAAUGCCCCGCUCAAAGAUUACCUCCCCAUCGAGCAGCUUGUGGCAACUCUGGUCGAGACCGUUUCCUGCGGCGGGAACCUGCUGAUGAAUGUCGGUCCCACGCACGACGGACGGAUCGGCCCAAUCUUCGAGGAACGUCUGAGGCAGAUGGGCAUGUGGCUGGGGGUCAACGGAGAGGCCAUCUACAACACCACGGCAUGGAGGGCUCAGAAAGACAGCGCCACCCCAAACGUCUGGUACACCUACAGACCACAGGAAAAGGCCAUUUUUGCCAUUUUACUCGAGUGGCCCUACAAUGGAAGUGUUACUCUGCACGAACCUUUUGCUACGACAGGAAAGACUAAGGUGGUCCUUGUGGGUCAUGGGUCUGUGAAUUGGGAGUCCAUGAAGCCCAGUGGACUGAAGGUUCUCCUGCCUCAGCUGUCCUUCAGCCAGAUGCCUUGCCAAUGGGCCUGGGUGCUGAAGCUGACAGGUGCUGGUUAAAAGGAAACCAGAUCACGGUGUGUGCUGAUAAAACAACUGGCGGCUUGGACGGACUAUGGCUCACUAUUUAAUUACCGAACAGCCCCUAAAAAACGAAUUGGAUAACUUGUAUGCAGACAUCUCGAAGCAUUUUGUAAAAAGAAGCCUGUUCACUUAUGUCUCAUUUCCAAAAUCUGAUCUGAGGAGAUGGUUCAAAAUUAAAACCCCAAUGGAUUUUAUUCUACUCUAUGUAGCUGAAAAGUUGAAAUACAUGUGAGUUUAAAGGAUGGGCUCAUUGAAAUGGUCAUGCUGUGAAUAGAUUGGGAAGUGGAAGAUUUAACCAUACGGUGCCAUGAUAACAAAUCUCUAAAUGCCAAUAAGACAAAAGAAUUGUUGGCUUUAGAAAAGCCUUGUAAUAAUAAUAAAACAAAAAAAGGUCAGAGAAAAUCAUAUUCCUAUUUCCAUUAAUGGGUCAUCUGUUGAAAUUGUGGACAGUUUUAGAUUUCUCAGUUUACACAUCACAGACAUCCUCACAUGGUCUCUCAACACCAACUGCAUCCUCAAGAAGGCACAGCAAGCAAGCAACAGACCAAACUUAAAACAAAACAGAAGGCAGGGGUGGGGAUCUAGGCUUGCCUGAAAAGAUAGGUUUUGUGAAGCCGCUUAAAACGGUCCAAAGAGUCGGCGAAUCUAAUGGAUUGGGGAAGAUUAUUCCAGACGCUUGGGGGUAAAACUCCAAAGGCGCGGCCACCUUUUGUUUUGCAGUUGGAGUGAGCGGUAGAUAAAGUAUUCUGAUUCUGAUUAAAAGACCGGGGUUUGAGGAUUGGAGUGGUCGGGAAGUGGAAUGAGGAGUGAGAAGGUCAGAAAUAUAACUGGGGGCAAGAUCAUGCAGUGCUUCGAUUGUAAUCAAUAAGAUCUUAUAAAUUGUUCUGAAUUUUACGGGAAGCCAAUGGAGGGCUGUAACAAUAGGGGUAAUAUGGGACCUAUGGCUAGGUCUAGUUAGUAGUCUAGCAGCUGCAUUCUGAACCAAUUAGAUGAUGUAAAGUAGUUUGGUUGAGGCCAGAGGGAGUUCCAGUAAUCUAGACAGGAGAAAAAGAAAGUGUGACUUAAUGUUUCGAUAUCCUUAAAAUUUUUGCAAUAUUUCUUAGCUGAAGAAAACAGGAUUGGACAAGCUUAGUAACAUGGUGGUCGAAAGACAUAUUCUGGUCAAAGAUGAUACCAAGAUUGUUAGCGGUGGGUUUGAUUUUUGAAUGAAGUGGACCAAUAAACUGAUCAACUGCAAUGGCAAAGUUGUCAGGACCAAUAAAGAGAACUUCAGUUUUGUCAGGGUUUAGAUGGAGGAAAUUAAGGGACAUCCAGUCUUUGGUGGCAGCUAAGCAGUCAUGGAGGGAGGACAGUUGAUUCAGGUUAUUGGGUUUGGCAGAGAAACAGAUCAGUGGUAUAACAGUGGUAUAACAUGUCUUGAAAGUGACUAAACAAAUGACCCAGAGGAAGCAUGUAUAAAGAGAUAAGGAUUGGCCCAAGGACAGAACCCUGAGGGACUCCGCACAGUAGGGGAGCUGAUGAGGAUACAAGAUUGUUAAUAUAAACAUUAAAUAAAAUAUCUGUUGGUCAAAUAAGAGGGAAACCAAUUUAACGCUGUACCAGAAAUACCAGCAGGGACUGUAUUUUCUGAAGCGUCUCAAGAAUUUUGGCACUCAUACCAAAACUCUUCUGAACUCUUAUCUCAGUGC